CCGCCGGAUAUAAGCGUCGCCCAGAAGGUCAUCAUAGGUAUCGUGUUAUCCUUCGUUAUCUUCCUGUCUAUCUUCGGCAACGUAUUGGUCUGCGUCGCUGUGUACACCGACCGGAAUCUGCGCAAGAUUGGAAACCUCUUCGUCGUAUCCCUGGCCAUUGCUGACCUCUUCGUCGCCUGUGUGGUGAUGACCUUCGCCCUGGUUAAUGACCUCUUGGGGUACUGGCCCUUCGGUAAUGAUUAUUGCAACAUCUGGAUCGCCUUCGAUGUCAUGUGUUCCACGGCUUCCAUUGUGAAUCUGUGCGCCAUUAGCCUCGAUAGGUAUAUUCAUAUUAAGGACCCGCUUCGCUACGGUCGGUGGAUGACCAAACGGAUCGUAACGUCAUCUAUCGCAGCCAUUUGGGUACUGAGUGCUCUCGUCUCUUUCCUGCCUAUUAUGCUGGGUCUUCAUCUUCCAGAGUCGCAAGAUGACAAACAUAAAGCACACGAGGAGCAGCAGUGUGCUCUGGAGCUGAGCAGGAUCUACGCCGUCGUCUCCUCCUUCAUCAGCUUCUUCCUACCCUGCUGCGUCAUGCUCGCUAUCUACUCCAGACUCUACCUCUAUGCCAAGAGACACGUAGAGUCUAUUAAGGCCCUGGUUCGUCCUGUCACCCUCGGAGCUCUGGAGGGAGACACUUCCCGGCCCAAGAAGGUGACAGGCGCGCCCUGCCAUGUGUCGGAAUCGAAGGCCGCCACCACCGUGGGCAUCAUCGUGGGCACCUUCCUCACCUGCUGGGUACCCUUCUUCUGCGUCAACAUCGCCGCUGCCUUCUGCCACGGCUGCAUACCGGACGUCGUGUUUAAGGUCAGUGAAUGAGAACCAGGAGAACUGAGA